AUGACUAUUAAAUCUAAUUCAAUUAAGGUUAAUUAUUGUCUUUUCGACUUAGACGGUACUAUUGUUAGUACUACCGUAGCUGCAGAAAGAGCUUGGAGAAAAUUGUGUGCAAAACAUAAUGUUGAUCCAGAAGAUCUUUUUCAACAUUCUCAUGGCUCUAGAACUACUGAAAUGCUUGCUAAAUUUUUCCCAGACAUUGACAAUACUGAUAAUAAAGCAGUCAUUGCUUUGGAAACCUCUAUGGCUAACGACUAUUUAGAUACUGUAUCUUUAAUUGCAGGUGCUAAGGACUUAUUAUUGAACUUAGAUCAAGAUACUUCAACAAAUUCUAAAGUGGACACAAGAAAAUGGGCUAUUGUUACAUCCGGCUCUCCCAAUUUAGCAUUUUCCUGGUUUAAGACUAUAUUGAAAGAUAUUGGAAAACCAGAUGUCUUUAUAACGGCAUUUGAUGUCACCAAGGGUAAGCCUGAUCCUGAAGGUUACUCAAAGGCUUCCCUUAAAUUAUGUGAAAAUUUGAAACUAGAUCACGGCUCAACUAAAACUGUAGUAUUCGAGGAUGCACCUGUAGGAAUUAAAGCUGGGAAGGCUAUGGGUGCUUAUACUAUAGGUAUUACAUCUUCUUAUGAUAAGAAGGUAUUGUUUGAUGCGGGUGCAGAUUUUGUUGUACCUGAUUUGAGUGGUGUUAAAGUUACAAAGAAUACUGAUGGUGGUAUUACUCUAGAAAUUAAUAAUGCUCUUUCUCCAAAUUAA